GGGAGAUCUGCAUGAACUUUCAUCACAUCAUACAUCUCUUGCACAAUUCCCAGGAAUACUGCACCCCCAAAUCAUUAUUCAAAGAUAUGAGCCACAACGAUACCGAAACCCCGGAAUAUCUUUUCCUGGAGAUUCCUGUGAAGCAGGUUCUCGAGCAAGAUGGGAUACAAGUUGAGGAGCCUUGGGGGCGUUUAUAUAUUAAUGCCAUUCAUGAAGGAAGGUUUGGAGACGCGAUAUGGGCUCGCUAUCAUAUGCUGGGCGAUGUGGAGGAUGGAAAGGUUGAAGGCGAGGAUAUGACCGUGGCUGAGAGUAUCAAGCAAGACGCAAUCGGAUAUAAGCAGCAUGACCGGGAGGACUUCGACAAGGCUGUGUCAUUCUACAAGGAGCAUACGAACAGCGGUGAUGGACACCCUGAGGUUCUUGAGAUCAUCUUUGGGGUUGAUAGAGAGGAUGUCAGUGGGAUCAAACUCCCCCCCCCGUUGGUUAAAUACUUGACGAAAACAACAGAGUCGUGCUGUCAGGGUGAUUGUUCUCGAGUUAACGCUGAACUCAACCGCAGCUUGACUGACGCUACCAAUUGAGAGUGUUGUACAUCGUGAUAGAACCUAGAAAAUAAAAACAGAGUAUACUGUAAGUGAUAAAAAGAGGAAGCGCAAAAAGAAAGACAAAAAUUAGAAUGUGAUGGCCA